AAAAUUAAGGCGGAUUUCGCCAAAGGGCCGCGAAACUGCUGUGGCGAAGCUGCGUUGGAAGCUCAACUGGCCACAUUUGCUGUCCAGCGCGCAGCUCUAGCGCAGCCUGGCCCUUGGCGGUUCGGAGAUCUUGGGACAGGGGCAAAUCGAGGAGGAAUCCGAGGCGAGACAGCGACCCCCUUGCACAUGAAAAUCAGCAGAACAUAUGAUAAGCACGUGUUUGAUGAUUGGUUAAUUUAG